UUUCUAUGUUAAAGGUCAGUGUAUUGUUUAUCUGUAACUUGUUAUAGCACUUCCACCCAACCCUGAGAAACUGCGAACUUUAGGUAUAUGAGAACAAAAAUCCUGCAGGGAUGAAAGGGCAUCAAGGUGACAGCCUGCAUCCUCCUUACAGAUUCGAAGAUGCAGCCCAGGAGGCAUUGCUUAAAUUUUCUUUCAGAAAAUUCAGGAACAAAGUUGGAAUAAAGAUGCUAUGACAUGUUUACAUUUAUAUUUUUAAAACUCUCAAAUUGGACCUAAAUAAUUCAAGAAAUUACAUAAAUGUUGAUUCAUACAAUGUUGAAAAAAUUUGCUUCAAGUAAAUAACUCAUAGGUAAUUACAACUAGAAUUUAUUGUACAUUUACAAAAAUGUACUCAAAAGUAUUUGGAAAAAUAUAACACUUGACAGCUUGCCAUUACAGGCAAGGGGAUUUGCUAACAGAGGCUGUUUUGUAAAUUAAGACACAGGUGACACUCCUGAGCAGUGCUCACACGGCUUGCUUGGUCAUUACAGAGCGAGGGCGAGGGCAUUUUGAUUGAACCAUAUAUUUUUUCAGAACUUUGCUUUUAAACUACUGUUUUCUGACAUUACUUAUGUGUCUCUUAACCUUGUGAUUUCUGAAACUUUGCAAUACAAGAGUAAACUUCCACAUCACCUCAAAAAAAAAAAAAAAAAGAGGCUGCACAGAUUAUCAGGCUCUAUCUGGCCCUUAGCCUCCACCAUCAUACCUGGAACCAAGGCCAGGCGCUCACUUUCAGUCCUGAGACAGAGGUCUGGGGUGUCAAGGGAGAGAAGCCAGUAGCGUCACUCUCCAGCAACGCACGCGAGUCUCUCCUGGGGCCUCCUGGCCUCGCUACUUCACCCCCAGCCUUUCUCCCUCCCUCUCCCUGCAGAUGCUGACAUAUUGAGUUUCGCCCUUUUAAAAAUAGCUUCUGCAGCAGAGGAGGAGCUUUCCUGACCCAGCCCCGCAGGGCAGCCUCCCUGCCGGCUGCCUGAGGCAGCACCAUCCUAGACUGAGUUUCCCUCCACUCGACUCAAGAUUUUCAUGCCACCAAAGCUGGGCCCAGUGGUUUGAAAUCCCCCAAAGGGCGACUCCUUUAGCUAAGCUCUGGCCUCCUUCAUCCCCUUAAUAAUUCAUCUGGUCUGUCUUCAGCAGGACCCUGAUGGCAUCUCUGUCACUUUCUUAACAAAAACCCCUUGAAAUCCCCAGGAGCCACGCCACCAUCCCGAGCUGCACACAACUGUCCCAAGCCCAGAAUGGAUGAGGCUGGAAUGGACCCGCUGGUCUUGGGAAGCCAAUGUGACCUGGGAACUGAUGCACUUCUUCCUUGGAGCCCCCAAAGGUAUGAAGAAGACAGCAAGUGGGGAGACACACAGGACCUGGAGGCUCUCCCUCGCCCACCUGUGCUUCCCGUGGCCCCUUGCACCUCUCAGGAGGGCCAGUCUCCAUGCCACCUGCUGACAGUGAGGGUCAUCCAGAUGAAAAAUGUCCGCCAGGCUGAUCUAUUGAGCCAAACAGACUGCUUUGUGAGCCUCUGGCUGCCCACUGCCUCUUCUGAGAAGGUGAGGACCAGGACCAUCUCCAACUGCCCAAACCCAGAGUGGAACGAAACCUUCAGCUUCCAGAUCCAGACCCAAGUGAAGAACGUGCUAGAGCUGAGCGUUUGUGAUGAAGACCCAAUAACACCCAACGACCAUCUCUUGAUAGUUCUCUAUGACCUCUCCAAGCUCUGCUUCCGGAAGAAAGUCCAUGUGAAGUUCCCACUCAACCCAGAGGGCUUGGAGGAGCUGGAGGUGGAGUUCUUGCUGGCAGAGAGUCCCUCUCCGGCGGAGACCCUCAUCACCAAUGGCGUGCUGGUGUCUCGCCAAGUCUCUUGCCUAGAGGUUCACGCAGAAUCCAGGCGGCAGAGGAAGAGGAAGAAAAUGAAAGACCUGUUGGUGACAGUGACUGAAUCCUUCGAGAACACCCAGCGCAUCUCACCCCGCAGGGAGCCCUGCUGCCCUGACCCUUCCUCCUUCCACUACCCCAAGUACUUUCAGCCCUGCUUGCAGGUGGCUGUGCCCAAGAGCCACUGGGACUGUUUGCUCAGCUGCUGCAGUACACAUAAGAGCAGUCCUGUCUGCCAGCCCCUCGACUGCCUUUCUGACAGCCAAGCCGUGACCCUGCCUGUGAAUGAGAAUUAUGAACUACACAUGAAGUCCACACCCUGCCCUGACACACUAGAUGUACGACUGGGCUUCAACCUAUGCCCCGAGGAGCUCAAAUUUCUGGAGAAGCGGAAGGUGGUGGUGGCUGAGGCACUGAAGCAGGUGCUGCAGCUGGAGGAGGACCUGGCUGAGGACGAGGUACCUCUGAUAGCCAUCAUGGCCACCGGGGGUGGAGCAAGGUCCAUGACCUCCCUGUACGGCCACCUGCUGGGACUGCAGAAGCUGAACCUCCUGAACUGCAGCAGUUACAUCUCCGGCCUGUCUGGGGCCACCUGGACGAUGGCUACUUUGUACCAAGAUCCGGAGUGGUCCUCCAAAGACCUGCAGUCUGCUAUCUUUGAGGCCCGGAGACAUGCCGUCAAAGACAAGAUGCCCUCCCUAUUCCCAGACCAGCUCCUCAAAUUCAAGGAGGAACUCCGGCAGCGCACCCAGGAAGGCUACAAGGUCACCUUUACAGACUUCUGGGGCCUGCUGCUUGAGUCCUGUCUGGGGGAUGAGAGUAGUGAGUACAAACUAUCAGACCAGCGUGCUGCUGUGUGCCAGGGCCAGAACCCCCUGCCCAUCUACCUCACCAUCAAUGUCAAGGAUGAUGUAAGCAACCAGGACUUCAGAGAGUGGUGUGAGUUCUCCCCCUACGAAGUGGGGAUGCAGAAGUACGGGGCCUUCAUCCCACCCGAACUCUUCGGCUCUGAGUUCUUCAUGGGACGGCUGAUGAAGAGGAUCCCCGAGUCACGGAUGUGCUACAUGCUAGGUUUGUGGAGCAGCAUCUUCUCCCUGAACCUACUCGACGCCUGGAAUCUGUGCAACACCUCAGAGGAGUUUUUGCACCGAUGGACGAGGGAGAAAGUACAUGACAUCGAAGACGAGCCACUCUUGCCUGAAAUCCCCAAAUGUGAUGCUAACAUCCUGGAGACCUCGGUAGUGAACCCAGCAUCCUGGCUGUCCAAUACUUUCCGAGAAGUCCUCACCUACCGGUCCUUCGGGUCUGAGUUCCACAACUUCAUGUACGGGCUGCAGCUACACACUGGGUAUCUCCGCAACAGCCACUUCCAGAAGUGGAAAGACACAGUGCUGGACCGCUUUCCAAACCAGCUGACAGAGUUUGCCAAACACUUGUGCCUGCUGGACACGGCAUUCUUCGUCAACUCCAGCUAUGCACCCCUCCUCAGGCAAGAGAGAAAAGCUGACCUCGUCAUCCACCUCAAUUACUCCGCUGGGUCCCAGACGAAGCCCAUGAAACAGACCUGCGAGUACUGCACUGAGCAGGGGAUCCCCUUCCCCAGCUAUGGCAUCGAGGAUGAUGAUCAAAACCUCCAGGAGUGCUACCUGAUGGAGCAGCCCCAGGACCCCGAUGUGCCCGUCGUGGCUUUCUUCCCGCUCAUCAACGACACCUUCCAGAAGUACAAGGCACCGGGCGUGGAGCGGAGCCCCGAGGAGAUGGAGCUGGGCCAAGUUAACAUUUAUGGCCCCAAAUCUCCCUAUGCCACCAAGGAGCUGACAUACACGGAAGCUGCCUUUGACAAGCUGGUGAAGCUCUCAGAGUACAACAUCCUGAAUAACAAAGACAAGCUCCUCCAGGCCCUGCGCCUGGCAGUGGAGAAGAAGAAACGCCUGAGGAGCCCAUGUCCUUCCUAGGCCCAGGGAGCCCCAUCCAUCCUGCGGCUGUUUCUGCCCCAUCCAAGGCCUUCACAGGCCACACCACCAGCCCUGCUCUCCGGCCAGGAAUGCAGGCGAGUGGCCUGGGCUUUCCACCAAAAAAACCAAAAUCAUGGAAAGGGGAGAGGGACAAGGAGAAUGAGGAGCCACCCUGGGGUUUUAGGCCACUGGGAUUUCUUUCCCCGCUUCCCUACGGGGAAGGGUCUGAUGGCCUCAGACUCCCAGUGCUGUCCUCAAGCAUGGAGAGGAGUCUGGCCUGAGAGAGGGCCUGGUUCCCAAGGGCCUCAGGCUCCAGGCCUUCCCCGUUCCCCUCCUCCCACAGGGGGCCCAGGGGAUGCUUGGCACGACUGAGGAGCACUCCCGGUUUCCCGGCAAAAACACUUUUCAAAUUUUAAGGUAAUUGGCUCCUUAUGAUUUUUAUCAUCAAAAUACUUUAUGAUUUUGACUUUUAUGAAUCAGGGUACUAGCAGGAAGCCUGAUGCUGAGAGACCUAAAUGGAGUGCCAGGGGCAUCCUAGUGCCUGCACCAACAAAGCCAAGCAGGUGACCGGCGGCUCCAGCACCUCUCCAGUCACCCGGAGCCUGGGGCUGCUGAUGCCUGUGAUCUCAACCAGGCAGCUGUGGCUAAGCACCCAGCUCCAACGAAAGGCCAGGCAAAGCCAAGCCUACAGUGGGCUCCCAGAGCGGGGAUCUAGUCUGGGAUCUGGGCAGGCUGCAAAGGACAGCUUCAGGCAAGCAGAGCUCCCCAGUACUGCCAACACAUGGCUCACUUCUCUCACUGCCCUGGCCAUCUGGCUUCCAGAUGAGAUUAUUUAUUUCCAAGUAUGAUCCCUCUAGUUUAUCAUGGAAACCCCCAAGGCCAGUACACUGCAGCUCUUGGAGAAUAAAGGGAGGAAGGAGCAGCAGGGAAAGGCAAGGGCACCCCUCCCAGGAAGAGCUCCUCCUCCCUGCCCCCCAGAGAUGGCUUCCCACCAACCCUGGGAAAGCCCUGGGACACAGAGAAGUCCAGUCAGUGUGAACAGGUCUCCCUGGAGGCCAGGGAUUUCACUGAAGAAUGGUAUCACUUGAGCUGCUGAUGUGCCCAGGCUGAUGGACAGUGGACACAGAAGGGCCGAAAGGGAAGUGGUCCAAGCAGAGCCCAGCAAGCCCUCUUUGGGCCAGUCUGCUCCCCAAGCAGCCCUUUGUUGUUGGGAAAUGAGUUGGGUCAGGUACUCAAUGCUUAGAAAAAUUGGGCUCUCCUUCAUAGCCUUGCUGCUCAGAGUGUGGUGGAAGCUGGUUAGAAAUUCAGGUUCUCAGGUGCCACCCAGCCACACUGAAUGGAAUUGCACUGUAAAGAGACCCAGGCCCCCUCUCCCACCCCACCCCACCCCUGUGUGGCUCCUGUGUGUGUUAAAGUUGGAAAGGAAGCCAGGCUACCAGCAUGGUGGCACACGCCUGUAAUCCCAGUGUUACUGUGCGAUGGGCAGGUAUGAUCCAGGCUCUUGCGUAUGAUGAGCAAUUAUUUGCAAAUGUACACCAAGUAAAAGGCAGCUACAUUUACUGAAGAUCACAGGAAGCUGUGCUUGGGGCGAGUCUAUGCCAACAAGAGAUAUGGCACGAACAGAAAAGAGGUGCCAGGGGACAGGAAAGCAAAAACACUGUGGAGAGAACGCAGCACACAGCAACAGCCACCGGUAGAUCAAUCUUCCAGAAUUUAAAGGGUGUGCACCUCAGCCCCGGUGUCCCCCUGAGGCUCUAGGUGUGAUUGGCAGGAAUGACUGACAGGGUACUAUGUUGUCUCAGGGGCUCUCGACACACAUGCUUGUCCCAGAAUUCACUCUGGUCUUAAUUACAUGGAUGAGAUAUAGUCCAUAUUUAGGAACACGUAAUGAGGUGGGAGUAGGGUGAAGAUGACUAAAGAUCAGGCUAGGAGAUCCAACUGACAUGCUCUCAUGCAUCAGAGAUCUCCUGAGUUAUUGUUACGUGAUUUUCUACCUCUCUUAAGACAAUGGAAGGAGGAAUGGCCAGGGAGCUGUUUAAAAUUAAGUGGAUGGAUGGAAGUGACUUCCAUAGCUCCACUGUUUCUAACUGUACUACCUGCACUCUGGAGAGCUGAGGCAGGAGGAUUGCAAACUGGAGCGAAGCCUGGGCAAUUUAGGAACCUAGUGAGAUCCUAUCUUCAAAUUAAAAAGGAAUGAGUAUGUAGCUCUGUGCAAGAGCCGUGGGUUCAUUCCCUAAUGAUACAAAAUGGGAGAAGCAAGGAAGGAAGGAAGGAAGGAGAAGGGAAGGGAAGGGAAGGGAAGAAAAAAAAAGUUAGAAAGCAAUGGACUUAUGCUACUGCCCCCUAAAACCUUGGAAAGCAUAAAUCCUUUGACUCCCUUGAGCCACUGGGAAGCUGGACUUCAGGACCUGCAACACCCGUCCUCAGCCAGGCGAUGCUGACGGAGAGGUCACCCCUCCUCUCCACCAGAGCAGCCGGCUGCCCCACCCUUCCCUCCCAGCUGCAAGCAUGGGGUUCUAACUUCCGAGACAGCAAGCACAGGGCCCGUCUGUUUUGAGAAGAAGGCCGCCCUCCCUUGGGUGCAUGGUGCAUGUUAAGUGAAGCGUGUGCAUCGUUACACGAUUUGAGCACAGAAUAAAAUGCCGUGUGGUGAA